AUGGCGCGGCGGUGAUCGGUGGCUCGUCCACCAUCGUCGUCUUCAAAUUUCGCGGGUGUUGAUGGCUUUGAUGGACUGAACGGAUCCGGCUUGUUGCAGGAAGAAGGAUAAUGGCUUCUUCUGUGGCGAGGAUGCCGAUGGAGCACGGCAACUGGGGGGAGGGGGGAACUGCAGCCUCUUUCCGCAGAGAACUGAAGGAGAUCGUGAAGGAUCGAGUCUCCCGGGCCUGCGUCGUCUUCUCCUGUGGCGGGAGCAGGAGAGGUUUCUGCGAGGAAUCCGACGGCGUCCAGCAUUCUCCCCCGGCUUCCCCCUGCUCGACCUGCUCCGAUGCUUCGUCUGUCGCGAUAGAAACUUUGGGCUCUUUGUCCGCCUGCUCCAGGGGAAGGCGAAAUUCUCGUGUCCUCGACCGCUGGGCCGGACCUCAGGCGCGGGAGCCAUUCGCGACCGUGAAUCGGAAGACUCACGAGGCCGAGCGCUCCGCGUCCUCUUGGACUGCUGAGUCCGUCUCCUCCCGUACUGCCGCCUUCCUUCAUCGUGACGGGUCUCCUGUGACGGGAUCGCCGACGUCGGGGACCUCCUCUGGCGAUCGAGCUGUGUUAGAUGAUCUCCCGUCCAACGUUCGGGCUUCGUCGCUCAUUCAGAUGUGGAGGGAGCUUGAGGCUGAUGCCGGGCAAGUUCAUAGUCCCCCAUCUGGGGGCGUAAGCCGCGGAGAGAAUUUGGUGCCACUAAGCAAGGGGGACUUUUCUUCUGGUGAGGAAUCCUGCGGGAGAACAGAGGCUUGCGACGGUUCCAAAUGGGAGCCAGAGCAUAUAGGUCCAAACAAGUCCAGUGGUGGGUCAAGCGAUGGUGCGAAGGAACUUUCAUUAGACAUUGUAAAGACGCAUAGCUCAGAGUUUGAGAUCCGGAAUUACCCUGCAAAUUGUUGCGAAAAUAAAGAAUAUCUUGCUCAUGAAGAGUUUGCUGAUGGUGCAUUCCUCAGAGGGACUAUUCACCAUUUCAUGGGCUGGAAAAAGAUUGACAACUUACUUGCACGGAUGAGACAGGAGCGCCAAUCGGAGCUCAAUAAGUUAAAGCUGAACUAUCAUGUGUCAAGGUUCUCUCAUCGAAGUUGGAUUCAGGUGAUUUCUUUCUUCUUCGGCGUCGAGACGUUGAAAUAUAUCUUUUUGUCACGUGCCAUAUAAAAAUGCUAGGACAAAAAACUUGAAGCAGGACUUCAAGAAGUUUCAAACCAGUAGGUGAAAAGGGCCUAAGACAAUAAAUUUCUGUUUUACAAUUGAGUCUCGAACCUUCGUCCCUUUUAUCGCUGGCACCAACCUCCAGUUCUGCACACCAGUCCCAUUCCUGGGUCCUUUGUCUUAUUAUCUUCUCAUCCUGCUUCACGUUUUGUGUUGUCAUGCUGUCGAACAGAUUUCUGUCUAUCACAUGGUCACGACAUAAAACAAGCUAAAGAUUUGUGUAAGGUCCCAGACGAGUCUCUUCAUUUGAAGUGGUUUCCGUUUUAAGUUCGUUCUAAGCUAAUCUCUGCCUACCAGACUUACUCUCACACACAGCACAUCGCUUGACUCACUCUAUCCCAGUCCAUGCGAUGUAAGUCACCCUUAUUUUCAAAUAUGACUGAGAAAAAAAUUGUCCGCGGGAAAAUCCUGAACAUGUAGAGAAUUUCAUGGGAGCAUCAAGUCCUUGAAUGAUGUCGUGCUGAGGGAGGGUUCCCUACCUACAGGAAAAAUGAAAUAAAUGUUAUUUUUGGAGGAAAAGACUAAUAUUAAAUGCUCAUUAUUUAUAGAGUACUGAUGUGAUAAAGACAAAUCAGGAAUUAACUACUCUGACAAAUUUUGACUUUUUUCUCCUUGAAAAAUGGCAUGCGUUCGUUUUGUAUGUCAGUUUAUUUGGAGGAACUGAGCUAUCGACUGGGUUAUUUUGUCAUAGAUUGGAUGCACUGGUUUUUCUCUUUUUCUGGUAUCAAGGUUGAAUGUUCUUCCUAUAUCUAGCAUUAAAAAUAAUCCACAUCUCUGAUUAAGGAAGAUGACUCGUGAUAGAGGAGAGGAUGUAUGUAAAUACUUGGAACUUGAUAUGUAAGGAGCUGUAUUUCUAUUUGGUUAUUUUAUCAUCCCUUCAGGAUUAUAAAACCAGUAAAUUGGAUGCCUUUUUAUUUCAUGACUGAUUUUACACUGAACCUUAAAUAUAUAAACCAGUAACAAAUUCACAACCUAUUUUGGCCUCAGUUUCUCUUCAGAAAUCCUUUCGUAGCUUUUUUAUGCUUAGUUUGUAGCUUGUCUUAGCUUGUUGUAAUAAAGUAUUAUUUUGAAAAAUGAAAGGCCUGUUCUCUGGUUGAUAGCAUAAUUUUCACAACUACAUUCACUUGUCAUUUUUAUCCUUGAAAACAUUUUACUACCUUUAAAUGACACUGAAGUGUCCUAGUAACACCGAAGUAUGGGGGUUGGAUUCGAUGGAGAUUCGUCUCCACUUCUGAAACAUACAUUUUUCCCAUAGGAUUUAAUGUUCAAACGUCAGAAGAAUUAUCAGUUUCUCAUGCUUUUUCAGUCGACCAGUCAGAAAAUGACACUUUUACUUUCUCCUCACAGGCCUUGCUUAGAUUCAGGCACGCAGACAGAUUAUUGAGAAUCGCACAUCAACAGUUUCGUGAUUCAACUGACCUUGAACUAGAUAGUUUGCGGCAACGGGGAUCUACAAUCUGGUUUUUGAGGUACUAUCCAUAGUCAUUUGAUAUGCUUGGGUGAAAAUACUUUAUUUAAUUAAAACCUGGGAAGGAGUCCAAUCAAGAAGUUCAUUUUUGACAGAUUUUUUUCUUUGCAUGCUAAAAUAAAGGUGAGAAGGUCACUGUGCUGGGUUACAAAUCAUGUACCUUUUACUUUUUUGUGCCGCACAUAGUUACAUUUUUUCAUGUACACCACCUUGUAUCCAGUUGUGAGCUGUGCUAGUCUCAAUAAGAAUAAUGAAUGAGAUUAUUCUUUAAUGAUGAUGAAAUUCUAGAUUUCAGUGAGUAUCGUGAUUUGUGUGGAGAAUCCUCCAAAUAUGAAAUUAUGAACAAGUGGAGUGAUCUAAGAGUUCGCCAUGCUGUGAACCUUGAGAUAUGAUUAUUCUAUAAUUUUCUUCGUAUAAUUCAAAUGUAGGUGAACUUUGUGAAAGAUUAGCGGUAGAAAUUUACAGUUCACUUGCACAGUAGAAGGAACAAUUGCGUUCAAGUUUAGGGAACACUAUAAUUGUUGUAUUUUUAAGAACGUUUUGGUUACAAUUGAUCUGAUGCUAUACUCAAAUUAGGGAAAAAUUUAGCCCCAGAAACCAGCAUACUAUCAACGCUGAUCAAGUUGUGGGGGGCAGCGAUGUCCCUAUCAUUCUACGAGGCAAGUCCUCACAUAUGGGUGAUAAAUCUACAAUAGCAAGCAAAGGGGAUCAGGAGGCAACGGCCACAAGGGACUUCAAAUCCAUGUUAAAAAAAGAGAAUACGCCGCACUCCACAGGUGAGGGGCCCCAGGAAAAUAUUCAGAGUUCGGCUUUGUCACAACAGAAAGGCAUCUUGGAGAUCACCAAUAUUAGCUGUGAACGGGCAACUGAUUCGUCAAACCUGGACAAUGAGGUUGAACAUUUGGCAACGGAAAAUUUUGAACAUGCUAGUCUGAACUCUGUGGAUGGUUGUGAUGGAACGUGGACAUCUGAUGGUUCUCAGGGGAAGAUUGAAUGGCAAUGUCAGGGGCGCUCAGUAAGCCCUCACUUGAACAAAAGUUAUCCUGAGACUACAGAGAUACAUGAACUUCUUCUAAGGUAUUUUAUAAAAAAUUAUCCUUCUUCGAUUUUUGUUCUCUUUUUUUAUAUCAUCGAUUUUUUUUUUUUGAAGAAAGUACAUUCAAGUUGAAAGUUCACGUGUGAAGAAACUCUGUUUAUUUUAGUAUAAGCACCAUAGAAAAGAGAUUUGCAUGACUUUUUAACACAUGUACGCCCAUGUAGCAGUCUAAUGGUUUAUGUUUAUCCUUCACAAGUAUGUGUUUUUCGUAUACCACCAGUAUAUCAGCUGAAGGUACGUUCUUAUUUGUUCUAUCUGCAGAAAACCUGUCUCCACUUCCCUUACCAGCAACUUCCGGAAGACGAUGGAUAGGUUGGUUUUGUCUCUUCUACAAAAGCAGCAAUCCAUGUGUCAAGCCUACGAAGAUGAGGAAUUGCUGCCUUCCCAAAGAAUUAAUGGCGAAUCUAUCGAUGCAGACGAAGUCACAUCUUCGUUGUCAAUAAUGCCUUUAUCGUUUCAGAAGUUUCACCGUCCAGAGGACCAUCAAGAGUCUUGUAUCACAUCUCAGCCAUCUCAUCAAUUUCAUGUAUGUUUAAGGCGAUACCAUUUAUUGUAUCAUUUUGAUAUUUAUGUUCUUGGACCAUUAAUAAGACCAUAACUCCUGUUCGUACAGGACCCAAUGUUGCGAUCAUGUCAGGAUGUGGAACUCAUACAUGAUCUGAGGAGUGAUGUGGCAGAAAUUCACCAAGAAAUAGUUGAGUUGCGUAUACUUUUAAAGAAUUGCGUUGAUGAGCAUUCAAAAUUGAAAAGUUUGAUUAGGGACGAAGUUUCUUCUAUGUGUUUGAGUUCAGGUGAGGAAGAACUUCCUGAUUUAUGUAUAACUUACUGGAAGCAUGUGGUUUCGCAUCUCAUUUUUCAUCCAUAAAGUUUAAAAAUUGAGGCACAUAAUGGCUGAUAUAAUUGAUACUGAUUGUAUCCAGGAUUUUUUUUCCUGAAACUGAUUCAAAAAAUCUUUUUUAUUAUCCUGAAAAGAAGAUGAUAAUUCUUAAUGCGAAGAAUUAAAAUUUAUCCCUUAAGACCUAAUAUGAUGAUUUUAAGGGAUAUAUUUUAAAAUGCACUGAUCAUGAUUUAUCUCUUUCAUUAGUUUUUAUUUUCUUGGGAAUUGUUUUUGUUGUUCGUUAAACAUGACCUGUUUUAGUCAUAGUUCUGGUUUUGGAGUCGGGAAUGAGUGAAACAGGAGCUGAAAGAGGAGCUUGGAACCCCACAAAAGCUGUCAUCUGAGUUGGAAUGGGUUGUGAACAAAUUUAACUUCAGGUGUCUGCAUGCUGACACUAAUACAUAUUAUAUGCUGCACACUUAAUUUUCAGUAAAUAUUUUUAUUAGUAUAUAUUAGUCACCAAAUAUUCUCCUUUUUUUCUUUUAAAAAUAUUCUAUUUAAGUUUUCCUCAUGACAUAUUUAUGAAAAUCUUCCGGGGUUUUAUAAAUGACAUUAUAUGGUUUAGCUUCCAAGGUGACGUUCUUGUUUAAAAUUUAUAGAUCAACUUAGAAUGGUAAUCUCAAUCAGUGAGUGAAUGGUGAACAGUUUCUAUUUUUAGCUUAGCAUCUGUGAAGAAGAUAACGAAAUACGACACUGUGAAUUAUGCUAUCGAAAUCCAUGACCAAAUGUGUUGUUCUUCUUGUCAAGUUUUUCUUAUUCUUUUUAUUUCUAUUUUAUUUUUUUGCAAAAAAGAAGAAAAAAGUCUUCUCAGAGAGAGACCAUGACGUUGUUGUCACCUCUUAUUCUUCAGCCUGAAACAACCUUAAGCCCCUCAAGUCAAGUUAACAUAUAAACUCUUCGGCUUGAGUGUCCCACUUUGGCUGUGCAUUUUUUUCUCCAUUUUUUUAUUUUAAAAUUUAUUCACACCUUAUUCUAGGGAUAUAUUGCAGAUAUUAUCUAUACUUGCUAUCACAUAUUCGAAUAAUUACGAUGGCAAAAAAUGCAUGAAAGUGAAGAAUAACCAUCUCCCAUGUUUCCUCUUUCUGAAGAGCGGCUCUUGCAAAGUUUGGUCAAUUUAAUGAUCAUAAAUGCAUGAACUUGUAGAAUAAUCACCAUUCCAUUGGGUUUCUAACAAAAAAAUUCUGAUUUUGUGGUUGUAGUUGGGAUCUCCAUGGCACUCCAGGCUUCCAGAUGGGCACCGGCAAAGAGGGGUCAUUGCUGUAUUUGCCACCAAGUGCCAAUCGACACUCUUCUUUACAGGUAUGAGCUUCUUCUGAUGGAUGAACAAAGUCCUACUUUUCACGUUGAUGAUCUGCUGUUCAGUUGACUUCUUGCAUCCUUGUCAACCAAAUAAAAUAUAUAUUAUACAAAAAUCCUUUAUUAUUCCACAUAAUCUUGUCAAUACAGAAAGGUGCCUGGUUUGGAUAAAUGUUUCAUUUUAUUUAUUUUCUCGACAAGCUUUUGACAUAGAUGAUCUUCUGUUCAGUUCAUUUCUUGCAAGCAAAUAAAAUAUAUGUUAUACGAAAAUAUUUAAUUUUUCCACAUUAUAAUGUCGAUACAGAAAGGUACCUAGUUUGGGUAAAUGUUUCAUAUUAUUUGCUCCCACCGGCUAUCAACAUCAAUCUUCAUCAUUCUCACUCAUUAUUCUAAAAAUUAAUCAAACUAAGGGCUGAGAUGCUUUGAUUCCAUCUUUGGUGAUAUCUUCUUCCUCUUCGUCUUUUCUUGCUUCUUCAUGGCCUUGGCCUUGUGUUGCACCAUCCCAUCACAUUUCUUCUUUUUUUUCUCUCUUCUUUGACCGUCAUCAGCUUUCAAAUCACCUUCUCCAUUCAUUCCAUUGCCCAGAUGAACUGAUCCACACAAAAAUUUAACUUAUUCCCUUCCAUUUUUAUUUUUCUGGGCCAAACCAGACGAUCUGAUCCUGUGUACUUUGCACGGAUCUUACUCCUUGAGCUCUAAUUCCUCAGUCCUGAUCUUUAAGCCCAUAUCUCUCUAAUACUAUAGUUCUCUCUAGAUCUUUUUCCCCUUAAAAAGGACUAAUCCCUCUCUCUCUCUCUCUCUUUCGCUCUCUUCCGAUUUUCAGGUGUGGGCACAUGUGUUCAUGCUACCGCUGUGCACAAGAGCUGCGAUGGGGCGCGGGAAUAUGCCCAGUCUGCAGCGCUCCGAUCGAUGAUAUCGUCAAGACAUUCCUUGAGGCAAAUUCUUCCUAAUUAGGGAACCACUCUUGUUAUGAAGUAAAUGCAACGCUUUUAUAUGCACAUUUCCUUGUGAAAUUUCCCAAUUUUGGCUCUGGAUCUGCUGAACUUCUUCACUCCUGUCCAGGGAGGAGACGCUGAAUGAUUGCGGAUCAGAUCCCGGCCCGCCUCAUGGAAAUCGAGCCAGAAAUGUUAGAUAUUUUCAGGUGAUUUUUCCAUGGUUGUUCCAUUUUUGGAAUAAUUACGGCAUUCCAUGAAGAUCAUGACUGCUUUAGGCCUGUUGAUAUUCAGUCUGAAUCUUCCAUAGCCCUUCAUCUUCAUGAAGCGGCUCACCCGAAUUGACUUCUUGGUCCUCUUAUAAGCUGAUGAUCAGAGGUCCGUUCUGUGUGAUAGCUAGAGAGCUGGUAUGUAACUUGAUAUCAGAUCUUUUCUUCCUCCAUUAAGUUCGUGGGAUGUUUGGUCAACCGUUGAACUGGACUCAGAAAUGUCAAAGUUCUUGUGGAGAUCUUUUUUUUUCCUAAAUUUAAUCCAUUCUUGGAAUAUUUUCUUAAUCUUCUUGGAUUGUUUCCAGAAUUUUCAUAAUUUAUUGAGUACCUCACCCAAGCUUGGUUUCUUGAUCUCCUUGCUAGAUGAUAUGAUUAGUGAAAUGCUGGAUAAGGGUGGACUUUUCUCUGAUGAAGAAUAUUUUAUCAGAUGAAAAGUUAUUCUAGAAUAUUUGAUCGUGAUUAUUGCCGUCUGAUGUAAUGAUUAACAUAUAUUAAUGGCAAUUACUGCUAUCCGAUGUUAAUUAGCCAAUAUUUUCUUGAAGUUUUUUGUCGUUUGAUCCCAUCAUGUGUCCAUAUUAAAUGGGUGAUUAAGUUUCUUUGAUACUAUAAUUAGCUAAUUAUUGAUGAUGGUCAUUCUUGUCUGAUGUAUUGAUUAGUGAGUUGUUGACUUUUUGUUGACGGCUUUUGGUCAACCCUACGUUACAUCAAGGAAAAUAACAAGAUGCCUUGACCCACAGAUGAUUGAUUGUUUGACAAGAGGGAAAAGGGGAGAGGGACUAUGAAUGUUUUGAAAAUCAGGGUUUAGGGAUGGUUAGGUCUUUCUCAUUGACUAUUAGGAAGAGGUUAUUAGGUGGGAGGCUCUUCUUCCUGCAGCUCUCAUUGACUUCGAGGAAAGUCAAAUCUAGCUUCGAAUGGGCUCGCAAAGUGUGAUUGCUAUGGGCUGACUUAUGGGCCUGCCCUGCCUCAUGGAUUCCCAAGCCGGCCAAAUGGUCUGA